UGUGUCGUCUUUUGAUGGCGUCAUCACGGGGAUUUUCCGGAUACGUCGCACGGGGCUUCUCCAUAACCGCGUUAGCUUAAAUCCUCAAAUAUAAAAACCGUGGCUUUAUUAACAAACCAACCUCAAAGGAGUACAGGGUAAGAUAAACGAAGAGGACAGCUUUCUCACAUGGCGACGAAUGGACAAAAUAACAAAGCGUCGGUGUGAACAGCGACAAGAUUAUUUGAAAACAGAAUGUCAACAACGCGGCCCCUCCUCGGUAUGAAACGAGUCACCGAGCUAAACUGUUCCGAUCAGCCGACGAGCAGGCUCUCUGCAGCGGGCAGCCACCGAAAACAGGAACCCCCCACUGUCGACGAGUUUACAGUCCUGGAAGACAAACAAGAGGAGCUAAAAUGUGCCAAACCCCGAGUCGAACAAGUUUUCAAGGUAGCUUUCACUAUUAUAGGUCUUCUGGACUGCACUGGACAAUCGCAUGGCAGCAAGAUAUCACGUCAGAUUUGGUUGCAACUUAAAGGAAACAGAGACGACGUGUCAAAGGCUAAAGAGUAUGUGAGGGGCUUGUGUGACCCAGAGCUGCAGGAGAUAGAGCGAUAUCCGGUGGACAUGCACUGCAUCUUCGCCGGUGCCCGAGGACUCUUUCUAGACAGGCUGCUGCGGGACACCAGCGCGGAGGUCCUGGUGCCCGAACCAGGCCGCUUGCGACUUCUGGGUCGCGCUGAGCCCGUGGUGAUGGCCCAGAGCAGAGUUCAACAGUUUGUGGCGCUGUUUCAGGAAAAGCGAAGCCUGCCUGGCGAGAGGGAGCCAGCCGUGAAACGGGCAUUCAAGUCCUUCGUUGAGGAGAGGGACGACAAAUACACCAUGGAGCUGCUUCUGCUGCCCAGCGCCCUGAAGGAGGAGCUGCUGGGUCUGGCCCAGAGCCCCUCCAGCACACUGCCUGGCUCUUCCUUGGCUUCAGCCAGCGAGGGCCCGGCUGCCAGCCUGGCCGAGGCAGAGCAGGACCGCUCCCAGAGCAGCACGCCUGUGACGGAGCUCUCCAACCGCAUCCUGGACACCAGCUUUGAGGAGAAGGGAGCCGGGGCCGGGCCCUCGUCAGGCGAGGAUGGUAAAGCAGGGGGCGGGAUAAGCCUUGGAUCCGAGGCAGCGCACCUGAACGGCGUCCGGCCCUCCCACAAGCGGCGCUCCUCGGAGAGCGAGACCCGCGACACGAAGAGACAGUACUCCCUGGAGCGCUGCGAGGAGUCGCUGGAGAGGGAGAGGGAGCGGGAAAUGGAGCAAGAGAGGCGGGACAGGGAGAGGGCGCGGGACUGGAGGGAGAGAGAGAGCCGCCUGACCGACAGCUGCAGGUCCAAAACGCCCGCCGCCUCGUUCUCGUCCCCGCUCUGCCCGUUGUCCUCGUCCAAAGCCAACACCAUCGCGGGCCCCCUCCUUCUGGACUGCAGCGACAGCGCGCUGGACGACGGAGAGACCGUCAGCCCUGAAACCAACCUCCGCUGCCUCGUCAAUUUCUUCAGAACCAUGGGCUACCAGCAGGAAGUGGUGGAGCGCGUUGUUAAGGAGACCGGGCAGACGGAAGACACCUUCCUUGUGCUAGAGAGAAUCGUUGAGGAGACCAAGCGCUUUGAACAAGAAGGACACGGAGGCGAGCAGGGAGCACAACGGUUCUCCUCCUCAGUAGCUUCAUCCACUGUGUCCCGUGCCAAAGUCAAGGAGUGCGUUCCCAGCAAACUGUCGGCCGACACCACUGGCAAAUUCCCUGGGAGCAUUAAGCCUGCCCACAGCAAUGGUCUCGGCCAUCGGAGGCACUGUAGCAGCGGCGGAGAAACCAAAACUCAGCAGGCCACCACGAUCAGGAGGAGCUCUACGGGGCAGGGGGGCGCCGGGAGCUGUGACGUCAUCACCAUCGACGACGACGACGACGACGACGGGGACCCCGUCGCCACGGACACCACAACGCCAGGGAGAGGCGCUUCCCGGCUCACCGCCAUGGAACACCUGGACUCGCAGUCGGGGUCGAGAACGGACUACCUGGCGAGAGGAGCGGGGGGAAGCACGGCCAGGGACCACCUGACCCGGGCCGGCGGGACUCAGACCCUGGGCGGCCAGGUCAAGGUGGAGACGGUGACCGCCCUGCGUAGCGUCCCUCAGCGGCUGACCGGCCCCCACGCCACCCCCUCCGCCACCCCCUCCUCCACCGCUCCCACCUCCUCAAAUACGGCCAAUCCCAAGUUCCGGCACUCUGCGUUGUUGUACCUGACCGUCGGACAUGCGGGUUCCCAAGGCAGCAGGGUGCAGCCCCCCGCUGUCGGCGACCCAUCCAUAUCGCCGGUGACGGGUCUGGCCCGCUUCCACCAGUCCCUGCGGACGCCGUACACCCUGUCGCUGCCCAAUGAGCCAGGCCGGGCCGAGCUCCGGCACAUCAUCAUUGACGGAAGCAACGUGGCCAUGGCACACGGGCUCCGUCGCUUCUUCUCGUGUCGAGGUAUCGCGCUGGCUGUGGAGGCCUUCUGGCGUCGGGGCCACCGGGAGAUCACCGUCUUUGUCCCCCAGUGGCGGCAGAAAAGGGACCGGCUUACCAUAGAGCAACACUUUCUGAAUCAGCUGGAGAACCUGAGGCUGCUCUCCUUCACCCCGUCCAGGGAGGUCUGUGGUCGGAGGAUAGCCUCCCAUGACGACAGGUUCCUGCUCCACUUGGCCGAGAAAACGGAGGGGGUAAUCGUAACCAACGACAACCUGAGGGACUUUGUCGACACGUCGGUGGCCUGGCUUCACAUCAUCAAGGAGAGGCUGCUUCCCUUCACCUUUGUGGAGGACCACUUCAUGAUACCAGACGACCCUCUUGGGAGGCAUGGUCCACACCUGGAGCUGUUCCUGCGCAAGCGGAGCACCUUUACUCCUCCACCAAGGAGACGAGCAGACGCCCAGACCCCAAACCAACAGCAACACCCCCAACAGCAGCCAGCCUACGGCCAGGACCCGCAGAACUCCUCCGCUUCGCCAUGGCCCCAGCCGGCCCACGGCAGACCCCAGCCCACCUGGCCUCAAAAGGGACCCCCGGAGUGGCACCCACCACCCCACCGCUCGCCUUCCCCUUCCACCUCCCGGGCGCCGACGCUGACGGCGCCACCGCCGCCUCCGCAGCGCUCGCAGGCGGAGACCCUGGAGCUGAAGGCCAAGCUGUACGACAUCUUCCCCGAGCAGAAGCAGCGCAUCGACCGGAUCCUAAGUGACAACCCCUACAUGAGGGACCUGAACGCCCUGUCUGGCCUGCUGCUGGGAUAGAUGGAAACACGCGCCCACAGCAACACGGCACUGUUGGGGUAUAGCGACAACAUGCUCAUUAUACGCUUAUGGCCACACCAACCGAAAUGUGUUUUCAUACCUUUUCACAGGUUCCGCUCGGGGGAGGAAGAGAGAGAGAGAGAGAAACACAGAUUAUUUUUUUCCUAUUUAAAUUAAAGAGUUUGAUCACCAAACGAGCUGCUAUUGAGAAAGUUAUUUGUUGGACUUGCUUCUCCCCCUCCACCCCUCCUAAACAUUCAGUAAUCUUAUUUGAUGAAGCUCAACAACACUUGCAUCGACUGAGCUAAAUCAUUAGCCCUUUGCACAAAUUGCACCUUUCUAAAGACCAGGGCUGUGAUCUUGAAACCGCAGGAUUUUGCUGACAUGUGGGACCAGAAGUAAUAAUUGAUUUUGGUCGAAGACAGCACAAUGGUCCUGAAAAGACAAACCUGGCAUCCAUUACAGAGGCCGGUUCCUUAUGUCCCAAGUUCAAGACUUCCCUGAGACCCUAUGGACAGUUGUCAUGCAUCUCACAAAAGAGUAUUUAUGAAUUGGUUCUUUUUCUACAAAUGGCUUCUAAAUAAUUAUGUUGAGCGUUCCUACCCUUGUUUCAUUUGUUGAAGAAUGUGAGGUAAAGUCUGCAUUUGCUUCCAGGGAUUUUGGUUUUAGAAUUGAAAUACAGGGGAUACUGAUUUUGAAUAAUUAAUUGCUGUGAGAUUUAUUGUCAGGUUUAGCCUUUCUUUUGGUUAACUUGUCAGCUACAGAUUUAGAGUUGAAAUUCGAUUCCAAAAGGAUUUAUGCUGCCAUUAAACCAGUUCCUAUCAUCAUCCUUGCUCCGGCGGAUACAUAUUUCUAUACAAUCCAAUGCCUUUCUUUGCUGUUUUGAAUGGUUUUCUGUAAUUAUUUGAUUGCCUUGAUUUCAGUUUAAAAUAUAAAUUGUUUGAGCAUAUACAGAUAAGCUCAACUUUGGCCAAGAGAUUUGAAAUCCUUUUCUUUACCUUGAAAUUGUCUUUAUUGGCGGGGUUUUCUGUGUCUGCAAAAAAUCAAAGAAAUCUUUAAUUUUUUCAUGUAGCAAUUCGAUUCAUCCUAGGUCUAGUAAUACCUGUUAUGACUAUUGCUAAACCCCAGUGCAGGGCAUCUCCAUGCCCUUGGAUUACAGUUUGGUUUAAAGUAAAGCCUUGUCUUUACGCAAUCUCUCCAUUGCUCCAUCUGUUCUAAGGUGGCUCAACACAGGGUGUAUGUUCCUUUUUACUCAUUUAUAGAAUAAUGGGGUGGAAAGUUACAAGAUGGUUAUGGAAUCUAAAACUUAAUUGAAAUAACUAGGUGAGUACAAUUAUUGGGUUUAAGUAUUUCCCUUAAACUUGGUUUGUUUUGAUCUUCAACUCCAAUAGAGAAUGUUUUCUGCACUGCCCCCCCCCCCCCCCACCCGGAGCUAUUGCUAAUAUGCACUGAAUUUGGUUAAUCUACUUAACGGACAUCAGGAAGUUGAUGUACUCAUUUGUCUGUUCUACUUCAUUUUUCAUGUACAUUGUUGAUUUUCUAAAAUCUUUAUUUGUUAUGGCCAAACUGCACAAAUGUUUUUCUGUAUCUGUUUAUUGAAAUACAGCAUAUUGUGACUAUCGUUCUUUUUGCCAUUUCUCGGAACAAGCAAGCUUCUUAUAGGUCCGACUACAAGUCACUGGAUUAUUUUCAGUUUGGUGUCAAGCAUCUGCUGCUACACAUGACCAUCCACUAGGGAGCGAUGUGCACCAACUAUCAAUGUUUCACCUGCGCCUUUCAACAGAUCAUCCUCGUAUAGUAUUAUUGUAUCCAGCUUUUAGUUAUCGAGCAGCAUGUCCGAUAGUGUCAACAGAAAGGGCAUGUUGUACCAGACCAGAGUUAUCCCUAAAUUCGUUUUGUGGUCUAAAUGAAGAACAAGUUAUCCAAAUACUGACCCACAGAUAUUGUUAAAAUUGUGCAGAGGAAUACUGUCUGGCCAUGUGUAGUAUAAUUAGUUCAUCCAUCAAACCGUAUUCAGUGAAUACCCAUAUUGCAGUCUUUACGUGGGGAGAUAUUUAGGGACUGCUGUUCUAAUGAUGCCCUUUUAUCCCUCUCUGGUUAUUUGUCUGCCUGGCUUCUGGGGUAAAGCUUAUAUGGUUUAUGAGCCAGGCUGCCUGAAAGUCAUUUAUAAUAUGGACGCCAAGAUUUAAAGUCGUAUGAGGCACUGAUAUCUUCAUUUUUAUUUUUUGCAGGAAAUAGACCACAAAUGGAGACAAUUGAUUAAAGAACAUCUUGCGCUUCGUUGUUUGUUCGUUUCAAACAGGCAGAAUCAUCUUUAAAGGUAAUAUAUUAUACCACCACCAGGUGUGUGUGUGUGUGUGUGUGUGUGUGAUUAGCCGUUGCACGCCGUUCUAAAAAUCAGCCUCUUCUGACGUCACAAGUGGGCGUGUCCACCUCUAUGUAUGACAGAUGAGCAACGUUUGCUACAGUCCGCUGGUAAGGCUGGUACAUUGAUCUAUCCAGCACACAUCUCACAGCUGGUGGUAUAUAUUUUAAGCACUCUGGUCACCUUUAGGCACGUUGAUCUGACUCGCACAAGUAGUGGACUAGUCUUUCUAAAGACAUUCAAUGAUUUUCUAUUUGACUUCUUUCUUUGACAUUCAGAGUCUAGCAUGUAAACGUGAUUAUAUUGGGCCACGAUGAUGACCUUUUUCUUCUCAAUUAGCCAAUGCUGAUCGGCAGCAGUAGAACUUAGACUUAUAGUAUUGUUACUGUUAAUGAAGGCCCCAUGUUUGUCAUUAUUAAGACUAUAAUGUUGCUGUUUAUCUUAAACUUAACUAGUUAUAUUGAUGCCAAGUUUUAAGCUAAUUGUGAUUUUACAUACACAGGUCAAGUAAAGGUCCUUCUCCUGGAACCGUCACCUUAUCGUGGUGGAGAGGUUUGCGUGUCCCUGUGAACCUGAGAGCUGUGUUGUCUGGAGCCUUGUGCUCCUGGUAGGGUCUCUCAUGGCAGAGUGGUCUCAGGUGAGGGGCCAGACUAAGAAUGGUUCAAAAAACUCCAAUGAAUAACGGAAGAAGAGGAGAUGUGACCCGGCCCGGAAGAAGCCCGGGGCCCCCGUCUGGAGCCAGGCCCAGACGGAGGGCUCGUUGGCGAGCGCCUGGUGGCCGGGUUUGCCACGGAGCCCGGUCGGGCACAGCCCGAACAAACUACGUGGCACCCCCCCUCUCUUCAUCCCAUGGGCCCACCACCUGUGGGAAGACCCGUUGGGGUCGGGUGCGCAGCCACAUGGGUGGCAGCGAAG